AAAAGAAAGAAGUUAGAGUGUGACAUUGAUUGGGAUUAUGAGCAAAUGCUCUCAGGUCGGCACUAUUGGAAGUGCAGUUGGUGUAACAAGUUGAAAGAAGUGAUCAAGUUGAAGCAAUACGUGGUUACUCCAAUGUAUCUAUAUGUCGAUAAUGUCCACGAGAGGUUUGAUAGCUGAUGAAACACUUCGCUAAUUUUAAAGCAGCGAAGGAGAGGGUUGCUAAGAAGGUGGAGGUGGACCGUCGAGCGACAGAGCCAUCUUUCUAUCACUUUAGAAAAUCAGGAGGCGUUCGCUCUAAAAGAUGAGGCACAGAUCCAGGCUAUCAUUUAGGAGAGUUUGGAUAAUCAGUGGCAGGAGAAUGAGGUGGCCAGGCAUAUGGCUAGAAUUUGGGCUCUCGUACUAUGAAUCGGGCUCCGAUUUUGUGAGCAGCAGGAAAGAUCUAGAGUUUAGGAGGACCUCAGUCAGGAAGGCCAUCAGCAGAGAUGGUGGUCGUAUUGCAUUUAUGUUGGAGGCUUUUGGUAGCAAUAAGAAGCCAUCCAGAGAUUCCACCAGGAGCCACCACAAGAUUUAGAUCUACAUGCCUUUUCCAGCAAAAAUUUGAAGCAGUAGGGGUUGACACAAUAUUGAAGGAUAAGAAAGACAUGUGGCGAGCUAUUAGAUCAUGAUUCCACUUUAGCCAUAUUCCAAGGAACGUGGCAAACAAUACGUGUUAUAGGUCUGUCAUUUUUUCAAUACGGGCUGUCGGUCUCGAUGUAGAUACUCCAGAACUGAAGGACGUUUACGGUGAACUUGACAAUAAUGAGCUAGAAAAAUGAAUUGCCUCAUACAAGAGCAAAUGGCAUACAUGGACUAAUGGUAAUGUGUGAUGGUUGGACCGUUUCUAUCGGACAGAGCAUUAUCAACUUCUUGACAUGUGAUAUGGAAACUUUUUUUCAUAAGUCGGUUGAUGCUUUCGAUUAGGUGCAUGACGCCAUGAACAUCCUCAGAUUGGAGAUCAUUGAUCAAAUAGAAAGAAGAAUGUUGUGUAGGUUAUCAUUGAUGAUGAGCCACAAUAUAAUGCCAUCGAGGAGAUCUUGAUGAUGCAGCAGCCACAUAUUUUGAACCUCAUGUCACAUUGUAUCGACCUCAUAUUGAUGGACAUUGUGAAGAUUUAUAGGGUGCAAAAGAUAGUGGAGACAGCUCAAACCAUCACUAGAUAUAUUUAUAACCAUGCAUGGAUUCUUUCACUGAUGAGGUAGUUUGCAUGGGGAGAGAUUUUGAGACCAGGAGUUACAUGGUUUGCUACCAACUACGUUGCACUGGAUAGCCUUCUUGAGAGAAAAAUUGCCCUAUAUCAUAUGUUUGUCAAUUUCGAGCGGCUAGAAAGUAGAUUUGCGAGGACUUGGUGAUGAGAGAAACAUUCUGACAGCAAGCUGAGAAGAUAAUGAAGGCUAUCAGACCAUUGUAUGUACUUCGGGUCGUGGACUGCUAGAGGUUCUCCUAGAAGUGCUUGUAUCAUUUGAUGGAAAAAUUCAUAUCAAAGAGGCAUAUUUGACGUAUGUCCAGAAAUACAUCGACAUCAUUGAGUGGCGGUGAGACUAUCAUAUGGGUAGGAACUUGCAUCUAGCAGGUAAGCAAGAACAUUAAAAAUUAGACAGCUUAUAUAUUUGAUACAAUCUUUCAAAGACAAUAACGAAUUUUAUUUGUAGUAUACUACUUGAACUCAAGAUUUCAAUACAUCGUAGUUAGAAUCGAUAUGGAUGACGAACUUCUGGAUGCUCUACGUAAUGUUAUUUAAAAGAUGGACCCUGAUCCAAAAGUUGUAGCUCUAUGUCUAGAAGAGGUAAGUUAACGCCUUCACGCCACACUGCCUUCCUCCGUGCCGCCUUCGCCCUCCGAGCGCCAUUUCUCCGAGCCCCGCUUCUUCCCUAUCGCCACCUGCAGCACCGCCGCCGAGCCCCCUCUCCCUCUCUCUGCGAAAUCAAGGGUUCUUGGCACCGAACCCUUCUUUCCUCCCCCUGAGCCAGUCGAGCCGGUGCCAUCCGGCCGCACUCGAUCCCAGCCAUUUUCCCAAGUUCCCUCUUCAUGGGCCCAAGUACUUGAGCCCAGCAGACCCGAAGCCCAACACCAUAGAAACCCCUCCCUCAAAGUUCCUCACGGGCUUAAUUCCUCAGGGUCGCGCCCACUCCGUAGCCCAUUUCCGUUUUCAUUACACGGGCCAAACUGCAACCACAGGCCCAUGGCAGCAUCCUCUUGGCAUCCAUUUUAGCCUUGCAACAGUUCGGCUUCAGCAAUCAGCUCCACUGAGUCUCUGUGCUGCAUCCCUCAUCAUCUCCGUUGCUGGAGAAGCCACGAGCGAACCUUGAUCUACUGCUUCAUGACAGUCAGUUGCAACUUUCUUUAGCCAGGUUAUGUCUGCCAUUGGAGGCAACACGGCUGGUCCAGGUGAUGCUGUUGUGAAUGUGUAUAUAAACCAUGAGAAGAAAUUUGCUUUCGUGGAAAUGAGAUCUGUUGAAGAAGCAAGCAAUGCAAUGGCCUUGGAUGGCAUCAUUUUUGAGGGUGCACCAGUAAAGGUCAGAAGGCCAAGUGACUAUAAUCCUUCUCUUGCAGCUGCACUUGGCCCCAGCCAGCCCAAUCCCAAUCUUAAUCUUGCUGCAGUUGGGCUUACACCAGGUUCUGCUGGUGGUCUUGAGGGUCCCGAUCGCAUUUUCGUGGGCGGACUUCCGUACUAUUUUACAGAAGCACAAGUAAGGGAAUUGCUUGAGUCCUUUGGACCUCUUCGAGGUUUUGAUCUGGUCAAGGACAGGGAAACUGGUAACUCGAAAGGCUAUGCCUUCUGUGUCUACCAAGAUCUCUCUGUUACAGACAUUGCUUGUGCUGCUCUUAAUGGCAUCAAGAUGGGAGAUAAAACCCUGACUGUAAGGCGUGCAAACCAAGGUACCCAACAACCUAGGCCUGAGCAAGAAAGUGUGUUACUGCAGGCACAACAACAAGUGGCUUUGCAGAGGCUUGUGUACCAGGCAGGGUCCCUUCCAACCAAGAUAGUGUGCUUAACACAGGUAGUUAGCGCAGAUGAAUUGAAAGAUGAUGAGGAAUAUGAAGACAUAUUGGAAGACAUGAGGGGAGAGGGUGGAAAAUAUGGUAAAUUAGUGAAUGUUGUCAUCCCUAGACCUGGUCCAAAUGGAGAACUAGCUCCUGGUGUUGGAAAGGUAUUUUUGGAGUAUGCUGACGUUGAUGGAUCCACCAAAGCCAGGCAAGGGCUGCAUGGAAGGAAAUUUGGGGGAAAUCAGGUUGUUGCGGUUUUCUAUCCAGAGGCCAAGUUCGCCCAAGGAGAAUAUGAUGGAUAAUUACUUAACAUCAUUGUUUCUAAUACUUUCUCUUUUUACUUUAAAGCUGUAUCAUAGACUUUUUUCUGCAGAAUUGAUGCUUUAUUUAUCGUGACUGGACAUUUUAGACAUAUGUUAGAGCGAUAUGCUAACGAGUUAAUUAGCUAUGCAAAUUUGGUUCUCUUAUAUGUUUA